AUGAAGCCUGAUUUCAAAGGCUCUAUGGCCAGGUGCAAUUCUAAGAAUAUUUUCAACGAUAAAAAGAAGCGGAUGCUGCGUGAGGUGAUAAUCCCCAACGCGGUGCAGAUGCACAAGGACCGCCUGCUGGUGCAACCUCUCAGAGAUAACAUCCGUGUUGAACACUUCACUGGAAAAAUCUGCUCUCAGUUUACAAUUCCCCACUCCCACCACACCACCGGUGUGCCGGAUACCGACUUUGUGCUGUACGUUGCGGCGGGACCAACUGUACCUGGUACUAUCGCGUGGGCAGUCACGUGUCAGUUCGACCCCAACGGCCGCCCCUUAGUGGGUGUUGCCAAUAUUGGGUUUGUAAACACUAUGAACAUUAUCUCUUCCACACGUACAUUGUCCCACGAGAUACUGCACGCGUUGGGAUUUUCAAAUCGUAUAUUUAAAAAGAGAAACAUGAUUGAUACUGUGUCUGUUCGCAAUAAGCCACCAAGUAUCGUUAUGUCUUCGCCCAAAGUGGUGGAAGUUGCGAGGGCUCAUUACGGGUGCAGUACCAUGCAGUACGUAGAGUUGGAGGACAUGGGUGGUGCGGGAUCACACUGGAAGAUGCGCAACGCAAAGGAUGACUUGAUGUCUCCUAAGAAAGGUGGAUUUUUCUACACUGCCAUCACCAUUGCAGCGAUGGAGGACACGGGCUACUACAAAGGCAACUACCGCAAUGCUGAAAGCAUGGCAUGGGGUAAGAAUGCCGGUUGCGUGCUGUUUGAUAAGAACUGCGUAAUUGACGGUGUGUCGCAGGUGCCGGAGAUGUUCUGUGACAGUAAAACUGUUUCAAUAAGUGAGCUUAAGUGCACAUCAGACCGGAUGGGCAUUGGAGACUGUGCAAUAACGUAUUAUGAUAGCUUGCCAACAUAUUUCCAGUACUUCCCCGAUACGACGAUGGGCGGAACUGCUUCCUUGAUGGAUUACUGUCCGUUCGUAAGACCAUCGUUAAGAACCAUGUGCCUAAAUGGGGAUGAAGAAAUGCUCCCUGGUUCAGUGUUUUCAGAGUCUGCGCGAUGCUUUUCAGCUGUUCCGAACACUCCUCUCCAGAUAAGUGAUGGCAGAAAUAUGCUCUCUAUUUGUGCGGAUGUCUUGUGUGAUAAGAACACCUCGAGCUACCGGGUGCGCAUGAAGGGUACCAGUGAAUUCGUGGACUGCCCACCCGGAAGUACCCUUGUGCUCUCGGAGUACAGUACAGUCUUUGCGUCUGGUGAAAUCGAGUGUGCACCAUACGAGGAGGUGUGCCUUAAAUAG